AAGGUCCAAAAUCCUAUGACCGUCAACUAACCAUGGCAGACAAAUUACAUGAAUACCAAGGUGUGACGGGCCGGCUCCAUGGUGCUCGUGACCGGUACAAGGAGAGGUGGUCGAGGUGGCGUGAACAGCAUCCUCGAGGAGUCAGGGAUGUGGUGGCUGAGACCCUGUUUGGCAUCCCCAACUCUGACGAGCCUCCUGAAAGAGUAUGGCAGGAUAGUGCCUACAGCGAUUUGUAUAGGAGAAAGAGUCGUAUCGAGUUGAUGCGGAUAUCGGCGGCAGUUAUGGGGAUAGAGUUUUCUUACGCCGGAGAGACUGCUUUCGUCUCUCCCACUCUGCUGCAGAUAGGGGUACCCCACCAACAGAUGACACUUGUUUGGGCACUGUCACCUCUAAUUGGAUUCUUCAUGACCCCGCUAUUGGGGUCACUUAGUGAUCGCUGUCGUUCCAAGUUCGGGAGAAGAAGACCUUUCAUUGUGCUCAUGUCCGUUGGAGUAUUGUUAGGUUUAAUUCUAGUCCCCAACGGCGAAGAUAUAGGCUAUGCUCUCGGUGAUGAGUUGCCCCUAAACAGGACAGAAGCACCAUCUGUUUUGGGCCCACGUAGUUCUGCGCUGGACAAGGAACAUAGCAAUUAUCAUCCUUGGGGCGUACUCUUUACAGUCCUUGGUACUGUGUUCCUGGACUUUGAUGCUGACGCCUGCCAGAGCCCGGCCCGAGCUUAUCUCCUUGACGUGACAGUUCCAGAGGACCAUGCUAAAGGUCUAAGCACAUUCACGGUGAUGGCUGGACUAGGCGGCUUCAUGGGGUAUGCGCUCGGCGGCAUAAACUGGGACGACACCCGAUUAGGUGAACUAUUCGGUGGGCACGUCCGUGCAGUGUUCUCACUAAUCACCAUAAUCUUCGUCGCUUGUGUCACCGCUACUAUCACCAGCUUCAAGGAGAUUCCUUUGUCUGAACUAACUGACCAAGAGGAGUUCAGAAAACAAGCGGAGACUGAACGAGCCCAAGAGAGCUUCGACGAGGGUCCUGAUGGACCGGACAAGACCCUGAAGAAGGAUAAUGUAACUUACGGAGCGUUAAAUCAGCCAGAGAAUGGUGCAGCUAUAAACGUGGUGGAGACUGGUCAUGCGAGUGGGAACCUCUCUCUGGCCCACUACUUGAAGUCCAUCGUCCUGAUGCCCAACUCCUUACGCGUGGUAUGCUUGACCAACCUGUUCUGCUGGAUGGCCCAUGUCUGCUACUCGCUCUACUUCACUGACUUCGUCGGAGAGGCAGUCUUCGGAGGAAAUCCUGCGGCGCCAGUAGGCAGUGUAUCUCGUUCGGAGUAUGAAGCUGGAGUACGUUUCGGAUGCUGGGGCAUGGCGAUGUACUCACUCUCCUGUGCUUGCUACUCGACUAUCAUCGAGCGACUCAUCAAACGACUUGGAGCAAAACGCGUGUACGUGGGUGGUCUCUGCACUUACAGCUGCGGUAUGAUGGCGCUGUGCCUCAUCAGGGCGAAGGCCGCAGUGUUGCUGUGCAGCUGGACCGCUGGAGUUAUGUACUCCACGCUCUUCACCAUGCCUUAUCUCCUGGUCGCUCACUAUCACGCUACAGGCAUGUGGGACAGCGGGGGCGGUGGUUGUGGAGAAGAACGAGGCAUCGGCACAGAUGUAGCUGUGAUCAGCAGCUGUGUGUUUGUGGCACAACUCCUAGUUUCCUUCAUCAUGGGUUUCGCAGUCAAAGCCAUGGGAUCCACUGCAGCAGUAGUAGCAGUUGCUGCCACAUUAGCUGCAGCGGCUGCCGUCACUGCCACGAAGAUAACUUACUUGGAUUUGUAAAAUAGUUAUAUGAUUGUUAUGAUUAGCGAGAAUUUUUGUUUAUCUAGUCUAGUCCUAGGAAAUAACGGAGCUUUUUAAGUUCCUGGCCAAAACUUGUUUGCUGAUUGCCCAAUAAUGUAUCGUUCAUUUAGUAACAGUCUAUUGGAAAUUAUCAAUUGUCCAUGACAGUACACUGCUGGAAUAUAAAAGAAGAGCAUAAUUAUAUCAUGCAAACAGAAUAAUGUUUCUUAAAAUUCUGACGCCAUAAAAAUAACUUUCUCAAUUUUCUAAUGUAAACGAAGACAUUUUUGGAAAGGCUCUUUGAAAACCUUAUCCUAUCUGAUCGAUAAACUAGACAAAUUUGAAUAUCGCCUGUUGAAUCUCAUUUUUAUUAGAAAUUCUUUAAGUCUUGUUAUCCUAAAGAUGAUACCGGCAAAAAGCAAACUCAAGUUUUUGAUCCUUUAUAAAUACUUGAGUUAGGAUUCAAGUGUAUUUAAAUAAGCCUAAAUUCUAAAGUAAGAGCUAAAAAUAUGUCUUGCUGCCAAAGGAUAUUAGACUUUGUGGGUUUAAGAUAAAGUUGACUAAGAAAAUGAUUAUUUAACUCGUCGAGUACCGUCAAUAUAGACACAAUUAUAGAACAAUAGGUUGCGGUCACCGGUGACCGCUUGGUGUUUGACAGUUUAAUUAGUAUAAGUGGUUAAUAUACAUAGUCAUGUAUCUUUUAAAAUGGAUAAAAUAUUAUGUAGGUGUAAUUGAAUUGUGUAUACAGUAGAUUAAGAUAAUUUAAGGGUAUUUUUCACUACCACUCUUAUAGUCUUCUUUUACUUGACAAUUAAUUUUACAAACAUUGUUUAAUAGAGAACACGUCUAGUGUCAGCCAAUAUGUGUCGUUGUUAAAAAAAAGUUAUCUGUCGCAUUUUUAAUAACUUUCAAUUUUUUUUUUGUCUCAUUGUUGUGAUAUUUAUUUUUGUUUUCGACCUACUUUUAUAUUUUUCGUUGUCAAAAAAUAUCGACAUUGCAUGGUCUAUAAAGUUCAAAAUGCAUACAGUAUGUAUCUACCUGGGUGCUUACUCUUGAAUCCAAUUUCGAUCUA